CCUUUAGCAGCUAGCAUAAAACACCAACUUCAUAGCUAUUUCUGGCUGCUUUUGCCCCAUGUCUGUCAUUAACAAAAUAAACUACAGAAACGUCAGCGGGACAAGCACAUAACGUACAAAACAUUCUAAGUUUUCUGCUUCAUGGACUUUUUGAAACCUUUAUUUUCUCUGCUUAGCUGUCAUGGCUGCUAACCCUCCAGCACAAGGGUUUCAGAACAAGACCCGGGUGGCCAUCCUGGCGGAGCUGGACACGGAGAGGAGGCGGCUGAUGCAGAGCCAGUCCAUGAACAACCCCGGAGCCAACAUCCCUCUGUCGUCCAGACCCAGCCUGAAGGAGGCGAGGGACAGCGCGGAGCAGCAGCACAUCGCCGCCCAGCAGAAGGCCGCCCUGCAGCACGCUCACGUCCACUCGUCCGGCUUCUUCAUCACCCAAGACUCCUCGUUUGGGAACCUCAUCCUCCCGGUGCUCCCCCAACUGGAGCCCGACAUUUGACUCUGAACCUCCGAACAAAUACUCACCAAUGCCCGGCCCGGGUGGACACUAACAACAACUCACAUGAAAUACAUAUAUCCUAUUUCUUUAUAUCUUUCCGUUCUUUGUCCUGUUAUGGUAAUUCAUGCAUCCAAACAACUUCACUGACAGAAUAAAAUAUAUUUAAUCGAUUUUUGCAGGGAUGUAUAUAUGCAAUCUGGAUCCCCUCAAAGCCCUGCAGCCCCCCCUGUAAUUAAUAAAUACAUGCUGCUGUAAUUGUAAAGUCAUUAUGUUUUUCUUCACUAAUGCUGACUUUUACCUGAUGUCAGUCAAACAGGAUGGCCACCAAUGAUACAUGUAGAGCUAUAACAGUGUAACAUCAUAUUAAUAACACGCUUAUCAGUCAAAGUUAGGCUUUUAUUUAUGGGAGGUGAUCAUGGAGAUAUAAAUGUGAUAUAGGGAGGGAAAUCAUUUGCUAGGUGAGAGUUGGAAAAUUAAACAUUUUAAGAAACAGUAUGCCAUUGCCGUGUUAAAAGCGUGAAAGGCAUGGCUGGAUUACUAACUAGACAAAGCAGGCAACUGCCAUAAUAUCUCUCAAAGGCUCCAAAGCCCCAAUUAAAUAAUAAUUAAUCAUUUGAUUCAUUGCAAAACUUAAGAAUUUGCAACGCUAAGGCUGAAGAUAAGGUGGGUCCCGCAUUAUUACAUACCCAUCUUGCCUCGUCUAGAAUGUAGUAGGUCAACAUGUAGUUUCAAGACUUUAAUCACUUUAUAUUGUGCUUAUGUGGUGCAUAAAUUGCGAUUAAUCCAAUUAAAUAAUUA